GAUCCUGGCUGAUCUUGGCAAUACAUGAGAGGGAGGAGGAGAGGAGGGUUUGCAGAGGACCACACUCACAAAGACAUUUUCUCCAUUCUGCAGCAAAGUGAGCUGCAGUCCUUCUGCGGGACUUCCUACAGAGCCUGUGACUUAUGGGCAUUAUCAGCUGCUCUGAUGUCUUGUGUGGAAGCAUAACGAUGGAGUGGGAUUGCCUCGGAUAGAGGACAGGGAACCCACAUGACCCCAGCUUCCUGAUGACUGCACCUUUUUAUCCCAAGCUCCUUUCCCGAGCUUUUUCUCCCUUCUUUCUAACAUGGCAGGAAACUGGCACAGCGUUGUUCUUCAGUGAAGUUAAAGGCAGUCCACACUGCAGACGCAGCACAGCUGGUGUUACAGCAAGAGACACCGUGGGGUUUGCUGAAGGACGGCAGAGACGCAGGCAUGAUUCUGAUAUCCUUGGAGAUCUAAAGAUGAACUCUUCCUUUGAAGGAACUAACAGCAGCAGCAGCAGUCCAUUUUGCCUUUUGGGUGUGGGGUCUCAUGAAGCCAUUCCUUUUUGCCUCCUGGAAGUGGGGAUCAUCAUCUUUCUGACUGUUCUGAUCAUCUUCGGCAAUUUGAUAGUAAUUUUCGUCUUCCACUGUGCUCCCCUGUUGAACCAUCACACUACGAGUUACUUCAUUCAGACCAUGGCCUAUGCUGACCUUUUGGUGGGAGUCAGCUGCUUGGUUCCGUCCUUUACUUUGCUGCAUCACACUGACCUGCUUCCAGAACAGAUCGUAUGUAAAAUGUUUGGCUAUGUGGUGUCUGUCCUAAAGAGCGUCUCCAUGACAUCAUUGGCUUGUAUCAGCAUCGACCGCUACAUCGCCAUAACCAAACCACUCACGUACAACACAUUAGUCACUGCAUGUCGGCUACGUUUUUGCAUCCUCUUACUCUGGAUCUACUCGUGUGCUAUUUUCCUGCCAUCAUUUUUAGGUUGGGGAAAACCAGGGUACCAUGGAGAUGUAUUCCAGUCAUGUGCAGACUCGUGGCCCACCAGUGCAUAUUUUACUUCUUUUAUUGUUGUGAUGCUAUAUGCCCCAGCGGCUACAACUGUUUGUUUCACAUACUUCAAUAUUUUUCGUAUCUGCCAGCAGCACAACAAGGAGAUAAACGAUAGACGAGUACGUUUCAGCACCACUGACAGUGAUUCCGCCCAGGGACAACCUAGCCCAGAGAGGCGCUAUGCCACUGUCCUUUUUCGCAUUACCAGCGUCUUCUACAUUCUCUGGUUGCCCUAUAUUAUCUACUUUCUCCUGGAGAGCUCCAGGGUCUAUGCCAAUAAGACUGCCUCCUUUCUUACAACCUGGUUGGCCAUCAGCAACAGUUUCUGCAACUGUGUUAUCUACAGCAUGUCCAACAGUGUUUUCCAGAAAGGACUAAAGCGUCUUUCUGGGGCUGUUUGUGCUUCUUGUUCCAGACAACGAAAAGGUCAUGAUGGUACUGGUACUGCCCCUAAGAGACCCACGGCUGAUGACAAUCCUUAAGUGUUCUAACCUAGACUGUGUAAAGUAUAAAAAAAUGUUAGUACCACUAGUACUCUAGCAUUAGGAAAUGUGUCCACAGUAUUAAAGAGUGUUGGCCUCCCAACAGGAGCAUUGGAACAGCAUCAGUGAUGCCGGAAUAUAUCUAGUGCUUUAGUCCCAUUGUGGACCCAACUUGUAGCUGCAAUAAAUUGUCGUAAUCUUACUAGAGCUUGAGGCUCUUUAUAGUUUGUGGUUUUCUGACUUAACCCCACGUUAUCACUUCAGAUACAUCUCUAAGGAUUCAAUUCCAUUAUGAUUUUGCCACUUUUAUGUCUAUUAAGUGAGUUCCACAUUCUUGGAGAUGCAUCGAUGCGUUCCGAACAAUCUCCUACAAGCAGAAAUGUUACCAGCAAGUGGUGUGUGUACUCUAAUGUCUCUAAACAGCACCACUUAAGAGCCAAAUAUUUGGAUUUCUUCUCAAGCUGGAUCUGGUUGUUAGCAGAAUGGAUUAUACUACUUGUGAUGUGAAGUGAAACUUGUUAGAGCCGCGGGAGCUCUUUAAACAAACAGGACCCCCCCCACCCCUGUGUACUUAGGAACCCAUCACACAGAGUCUGUCCAUUGUAAUAUAUUUUCAGUUUUAUUAUGUUACAUGCAUAGGUAACUUGGUUUCAAACAAAUAUAAUACAAUAUUUUUCUAAGUGGAAGAAAAUAAUAUAUUAUUGAUAUUUAAACUGUUGACCACUGGAAUUUUUUUUAAAGUAUAAUUUAAGAAUGUUUUGCUUAACGUGUUUGUAAUAGUCUUAUGUUAGGGCGGUCACAUGACGUGUUUUCUACCCUUUAAAGUCUGUCUGGUACCUGUAUUUUGAAGAGUCUAUUUUGUGGGCUGAACCAAUAGAUCACCCCUCAGUCUGCUAGGACUGGGCAACGACAUUGCUCCAAUGCCAAAUAUCUAUUAAAGCCUGAAUUCUAUAUCAUGUUCCUCAUCAAUUUUAUAGUACAGCCUUGAAUAAUGAGACGAAGGUUUAGUCCAGCUCACCCCCAAAUAGGCACCCGGACUGGUCUUGGACUCGUCCCACGAUAAUGUAGAGAAAAAAGCAAAUGUCCAGCGUGAAUAGAACUCUUUAUUCAGUUGCCAUAGAAAACAUCACAC